AUGAGAAAGAGGAGGGUGGGGCGGCGGGGCGUGGAGCAGUGCCGGGAGACGCACGGCCUUAUCGACCUGAACGACUCGCACCCGUACGUGCGGGAGACAUUCACCCACUGGAUAAAGUGGGUUGAGAACGACUUCGACUUCGACGGCUGGCGCGCCGACUCGGCCAAGCAUAUGCCCGUCAGCUUUUGGAAAGCGCUCAAGGCAGCGUCAGAGUGCUACACGGUCGGCGAGGUCUACAGCGGGGACUCGUGCUUCGUGGGCACUUACCAAAAGGGGGGGGCCAUGGACGGGCUACUUUCAUACCCCUCUACUACACGCUGA